AUGUAUAAUAACUAUUACUCCUUUCCAGAAUGCCAGAGAGAGCUGGACGAGGGGCUUGAGACAUGCCAUGAAAACAUAUGUGCACAGUCUGAUGAAGAUAAAGAUGAAACAGUCUUUGAUGAUCAACAAGGGGCACAGCCUGAUAAAGAAAACAAUAAUCUACUUGUUGACCUUCAAAGAACUCAGUCUGGUGACAUUCUUGCACUGCCUGACAAAGAAAGCAUUGAGACUCAAGUUGAUGGGAUGCAUCAGACUCAUUCUGAAGACAUGAUAUACUCACAGCACAUCAAAGAAAGGAUUGAGACUCAAGUAACUGGCCUGCAUGGGACUCAUUCUGAAGACAUGAUAAACUCUCGGCCAAACAAAGAAAGCAUUGAGACUCAAGUUGAGGGCCAGCAGGGGACUCAUUCUGAAGACAUGAUAUACUCACAGCACAUCAAAGAAAGCAUUGAGACUCAAGUAACUGGCCUGCAUGGGACUCAUUCUGAAGACAUGAUAAACUCUCAGCCAAACAAAGAAAGGAUUGAGACUCAGGUUGAUGGCCAGCAGGGGCCUCAUUCUGAAUAUAUUAUAUUCUCGCAGCCCGACAAAGAAAGGAUUGAGACUCAAGUUGAUGGCCAGCAGAGGACUCAUUCUGAAGACAUGAUAAACUCUCAGCCAAACAAAGAAAGGAUUGAGACUCAGGUUGAUGGCCAGCAGGGGACUCAUUCUGAAUAUAUUAUAUUCUCGCAGCCCGACAAAGAAAGGAUUGAGACUCAAGUUGAUGGCCAGCAGUGGACUCGUUCUGAAGACAUGAUAAACUCUACGCCUAACAAAGAAAGCAUUGAAACUCAAGUUGAUGGCCAGCAGAGGACUCAUUCUGAAGACAUGAUAAACUCUCAGCUAAACAAAGAAAGGGUUGAUACUCAGGUUGAUUGGAUGCAUCGGACUCAUUCUGAAUAUAUUAUAUUCUCGCAACCCAACAAAGAAAGGAUUGAGACUCAAGUUGAUGGCCAGCAGUGGACUCAUUCUGAAGACAUGAUAAACUCUCAGCCAAUCAAAGAAAGCAUUGAGACUCAAGUAACUGGCCUGCAUGGGACUCAUUCUGAAGACAUGAUAAACUCUCAGCCAAACAAAGAAAGGAUUGAGACUCGAAUUAAUGGCCAGCAUGGGACUCAUUCUGAAGAUUUGAUAUACUCUCAGCCCGACAAAGAAAGUAUUGAGACUCAAGUUGAUGGCCUGCAUGGAACUUGUUCUGAAGACAUGAUAAACUCUCAGCCAAACAAAGAAAGCAUUGAGACUCGAGUUGAUGGACUGCAUGGGACUCAUUCUGAAGAUAUGAUAUUCUCGCAACCCAACAAAGAAAGCAUGGGGACUCAAGUUGAUGGUCAGCAGCUGACUCGGUCUGAAGACAUGAUUUACUCGCAUCACAACAAAGAAAGCAUCAAGACUCAAGUUUAA